AUGUCGGAGAACAAGCAAGAGACCUUGACCAGUUUUCAGAGCAUUACGGGCAUCGACGAUGUGGGCGAAGCCUUUUCCCACUUGGAGGCCGCUGACUGGAACCUGGUGGAGGCUCUGAGUCGGGUGAUCCCGCACGAGGAUGCGCCGCUGACCAGUCCCCAUCCUAUCCUAUUGCCAGAGCAACCGGUCAGGAAUCCCGUAGUGAGCACGAACGGCUUCCGUCCGCCUGGCUAUGAUGAGAUGCCCGGGACCUCGAACGCGUCCGCUUUCUUUGCGGCCGCCUUGCAAAACCAGAACCAAAACCUAAAUCAGCCGCACAUCCAGCAAAGAUUUCCAACGUCACAAUUGCUAGCCCAGCUGACGUCCAGUAUCAACCUGGACCCCGCGUCCAGCCAAAACAACAACCAGAACGUGAUCACCUUCAACAUCCACUUUAACCAGCAGCUCUACCAGCUCCGUUUACCAUCGGAGGCCACAGUUGAACAACUUAAACGCAAAAUCUUUGCCGAGACAAGUGUGCCUGUGUGCAGGCAAGCCAUUCGCGGCUGGCCACCCUCCAAAGCCAGCGAUGCACAGCAGCUGGGCACGCGUUUAUGCAACCUAGAUCUCUCCCCGGAGAACGAACUGAUCCUGGUGGACCUCACCGAGGACGGUUUCAUGGACACCGAACAGGAUGAAGUGGCGCAGCGCGUGGACAAGGACUUCACCAUUUUCAUACAGUUCGAAUCGGACCCGCCACUCACUCUUAGCCUGCCAGGACGUAUGACAGUGCAAGAGGUAAAGAUGAACGUGUUCGACAUCAAGAGCAUACCAGUGCGCCACCAGGAGUGGACCGGCUGGCCCAACGGUUGUGACAAUGACACCACUCUGGCGCAAUCUGGCAUUGGACUGUCGCAUAGAUUCGCUGUUCGCAGCACGGAGCGUGUAGCGCCAACAAAUUCCAACCAGCACAACGCAUUCGAUGUGGUGACCGUGGACAGUGAGAGCUCGACAGAUGAGUUCGAGGAUGCCACAGACUUCAACAACGCCGAGUACAUAUUCACUGACUCGCCACCCGCUCAGCCCCCCAACAGACACUUAAUACCAAACGACACGGAUGAUGAGAUAAGUGGCUCCACGCAGUUUGUCGAGAACUACAAGGCGCGUUAUGGCGAGCCCUGUCCGGAAUUUUUUGUGGGCAGCCUUGAAAACGCCAAGCAGCUGGCCUGCCUUCGAUCCGCCAAGGAGCGCAAGCUGUUGGCCAUUUACUUGCAUCACGGCAAGAGCAUUCUCAUCAACGUUUUCUGUGAUCAACUGAUGAAACAUGAGAGCAUUAUCCAAACUUUCAAAGAGAAGUUCGUUCUAUAUGGCUGGGAUAUGACCUACGAGAGCAACAAGGACAUGUUUCUCUCCUCGUUGACGGCCUGCGUUAGCAGCAACGCCUCUCUGACGGCCAGAAACAUUAAAUUGGACAAGCUGCCAGCCAUCAUGUUGGUGGGAAAAAGCCGCCAGCUGGGCAGCAAUUGCGAAGUUUUAUCUGUGAUUCAUGGUAACAUUGGUCUGGAUGACUUGCUGUCGAGGCUCAUUGAAACCUGCGAAAUGUUUGAAGAGCAGCUGCAGGUGGAAAUACGUCAAGAGGACGAACGCGCUGCCCGUGAUCAGGUGAAGGCAGAGCAGGACAUGGCCUAUCAGGAAACUUUGCAAGCCGACAUGGCUAAGGAUGCGGCAAAGAGGCAGAAGGAGGCUGCCCAAUUGGCCGAGCGAAAACGAAUGGAGUCCGAGCGGGCCGAAGAAGAUGCUAGACGCGAGUCCAUUAGAUUAGUUGCUCAACAAUCCCUACCUCAGGAGCCGUCCGAACAGGAAACGGGGACUUCAAAGAUUCGAGUGCGUAAGCCCACUGGUGAUUUCCUGGAGCGGCGCUUCUUCACCAACAACAACCUACAGGAUCUGCUCAACUUUGUGACGGCCAAUGGUUUCCUCAUCGAGGAGUACAAACUAAUCAGCAGCUGGCCGCGGCGGGAUCUCACGGCCAUCGAGAGUAGCCAAACAUUGGAGUCGCUCAAGCUGUAUCCGCAGGAAACGGUCAUCCUGGAGGAGCGAUGAUUCCGCUCGUAGUAACUUUAAGGCCGUUUCGUUCGAUUGGAUUUAGUUUUUGCAUUAAUAUCUGAAAAUUGUAGAUCUACCUAUAAUUUACGUACUUUAAUUAAGCGGAGCAAGAAGCAACAAGUUUACGAAAGCAUACACACCACAUACAUACAUAUAUCCCUAUAUCUAAAGAUAAUGAUCAUUUCUAGCUGCAAUUAAGAGUCAAGGUUUUAUACAAAUCCAUACUAAACAUAGGAUAAUCCAACGCAAUCCGAUCGAUCAGCACUCACCAGCACCAGAUACUACCGGUAAAACAUAUAUGCAUGUAGUGCAGCAGAUAGAAAUUGAGCAUAGCAGCAAAGAAGAGAAAGAAAGUACUGCAUUUAUGUUGGCUUGUUUUAUUUUAUUAAUAAUAAAUUAUAUAACAUGUACUGAA